AAUCACAAGCACAGUCCUGCUGAUUGGGUAGGUGUUUGAGUACAGCAAAGUCACAGGCGCAGGUCUGUCAAGUUUUCUGUUGAUUGCAUAACAGGCGCAGCGGAAUCUGCAACUCAGACUUGCCUGGAGCAACCUUGAACGCGCAUCCGUUACCCGUAGUCUCGGCGUCCGCUCUGGCGCCAAGUCUUGCCCUCCACGCUCACAGAAAACAUGAUGCCGCCGGGUCCCUUCGCCUUUUCUUAGCCAUGCUGUUGCGGGUCCCUUGGUCUUCCUCUCCGCUCUCUUACAAGACUAUGCUGCCGCCGCCGCACAAUCUGUGGAGUCUAACGUCCUGGCCAUGAGCGCGACAGCGUCGACAAUUGUGGCAAAGGAUAUACUGCACGCAAAGACAUAGCGGAACGAUGUCUGGGAUGGACCGAAGUGUGAUUGCGCUUCUAGAUUCCCGCGCUGUGGACUUGCCAAAACGAGCGGCUGCCGGGUAUACCCAUGGCGUCCUCAACCCAUACAUCUACGACCCCUCGGUCCCUCUUGCCAGCGUCGGCGCCACAGUCAUCAUACUAAUCUCCAUCCUCUCCAUCUACCAAUAUGUUCGACACCGAGCAUGGUUCUUCUGGGCGGCCAUCAUCGCCAUUCUGAUGCUGGUGCUCGGCCACGUCUGUCGGCUUGUUUCUUCUCUUGAUGAGUUUGAGGAUCUUCCCUUCCUCUUCUCUUGGCUCUUGAUCCUGCUUGCACCUUCCUUCCUGGCUGCCGCCUGCUAUACCGCCUUCUCACGUGUUGUGUGGUUCUCUUGCCCGACGUACGCACUCAACUUCAAGACGCUGUGGUGCUUUCCGAGAUGGAUUACACCAACGUUCGUCAUCUUCGAUCUAUUUUCUUUCCUCAUCCAACUCGUAGGCGCCAGCCAGAUCAGCCGGCAGUACGACAAGGACUCGUCACCAUCACGCUCGAUCGAGGAAUCAGAACGCGAAGCACUACCCGGACGCGUGAUCCUGAUCCUCGGCCUGGUGUUGCAAAUGCUGUGCUUCCUCUCCUUCAGCAUCAUCAGCGUGCGUUACUUCGUAAUCUCCCGAUACUGGCGCGCCUUUGACCUCGGCGACAUGAAGCUCUGGCGCAAACUCAGCUACACCAUCAACUUGUCCUCCGUUCUAAUUGCCAUCCGCGCCAUAUACCGCACCAUGGAGAUUCCACAUGACAAGGAGUACGGACUCAUCUACCUGCAAAGUCAUGAGUGGUGUUUCUGGACGUUCGAUGCGCUGCCAAUCUUGGCGGUGUUGAUUGUGUUUGCGGUUUGGCAUCCGGGUCGCUAUCUGCCGAGAAGCUAUACUGGGUUGAAGCUGGACAAGGUCAGAGCGAUGAAAGAGAAGGAUGAGAUCUCGAGUAUGGCGGGUGGACAGCAAGAGGCGGAGCUGAGGGAUCUCAAACCUGAGGACUUUCAGACUCGAAGGCCUGAAGAGCGAGUGUGAAUUACUAUCAUCCACAGAUAGCACAGUUCCUACGAAGAAGGGCAUGGUUUAACGAAGGUAAAAAUGGCGUUUCACGGUUUCUGGGAGGAUAUGUUCGAUACCAUGCAUCCAGCGGACUGGCGUUAUGGGUUUGCUUUUGGAGAUACCUUUACUUCACGUGAAAGUCGUAUAGUUAUGGAAAAUGAAUGGGAACGAAUCGAUUUACAAGUUGCCUUUACCUGAACUCAGUUAGGGCCAACGAU